UCUAAAACAUAUCAACCUUUAUUGCUUUAUCUUUGAAGAGUGGACUUCAAUUCCUUCAAUGGAGUUUGGAUCUUCUUCUUUAUCAUCAUCAUCUUCAUCGUUCUUAAAUCAGAACCCCAUUUCAUACACGAUGUGUUCAUCAACUUUGGUGGAGAAGACAUCGGUAGAAGGUUUGUUUCUCAUCUCCACUCUGUCCUCUUACAAAAUCAAGUCAAAACUUUUAUUAGCCAGGAGAAUUUGCAUGAGGAAAUGAAGCAGGAAGAGCACAUGAGAGCAAUAGGACACACUAAGAUUACAAUAAUCGUUUUCUCCAAAUCAUACACUGAAUCUGCUUGCUCUCUUCUUGAGCUUGAAAAAAUCAUUGAAUGCCACGAAACAUUUGGCCAAAUAGUUCUGCCCGUAUUUUACGAGAUUGACCCAUUGGAUGUAUGUCAUCAGAAAGAUGAUUUUGGAAAAGCGUUGGAAGACACUGCACACAGAAGCUAUGCAGGAGAACAACUGCAACAUGCGCGGUCAAGGUGGAGCAGUGCACUCAAAAGAGUUGCAGGUAUGACUGGUUGGGAUCACAGAGAUUUCAGGCAUGAUGCUGAACUUGUAGAGCAAAUUGUUAGCCGCGUUAAGCCAAUAGACUUGUUUAUUACCGAAUAUCCAGUUGGACUAGAGUCCCGCGUGGAAGAAGUGAUUAAAUGUAUUGAAAAUCAAUCCACGAAAGUGUGUAUGAUAGGAAUAUGGGGAAUGGGAGGAUCAGGUAAAACAACCAUAGCAAAAGCCAUCUGCAAUCGAAUUUAUCGUAAAUUCCUUGCUAAUAGUUUUAUUCAGAACAUUAAAGAAGCUUGGGAUCCAGAAUAUGAAGAAAAUGUUCGUUUGCAAGAAUAUCUCCUUUCUGAUGUCCUAAAAUCCAAGUUUAAGAUUCAAAGCGUUCGCAUUGGAAGAACUAUGAUACAGAAUGAACUUUCUCGAAGAAAGUUGCUCAUUGUGCUUGAUGAUGUGAAUGAGUUUGGCCAAUUAGAAAUCCUUUGCGGGUGUCGUGAAUGGUUCGGUCAAGGAACUGUCAUAAUCAUCACAACAAGAGAUGUUCGCCUGCUGAACCAACUCAAAGUUAAUUAUGUUCAUAAAAUGGAUUUUUUGGACGAAAAUAAGUCACUUGAGCUUUUCAGUUGGCAUGCCUUUAGAGAUGCAAAACCAAGAAAAGAAUUUAAGGAACUUGCAAGAGACACAGUUGAUUAUUGUGGAGGACUACCACUAGCUCUUGAGGUCCUUGGUUCCUAUUUAUGUUAUAAAACAAUAGAAGUGUGGAAAAGUGUAUUGUUGAAACUACAAAGAAUUCCGCCGGAUGACCUUGUGAGGGCAUUAAAAAUAAGUUUUGAAGAUUUACGUGAUACGGAAAAGGACAUAUUUCUGGAUGUAUGUUGUUUCUUUAUUGGCAAAGACAGAGACUAUGUGACAGAGAUAUUAAAUGACUGUGGACUACAUGCUGAUAUUGGAAUAACAGUUCUCAUAGAGCGUGGCCUCAUAAAAGUUGAAAGCAACAACAAACUUGAAAUGCACAUUUUGUUACAAGAAAUGGGAAGAGAAAUUAUUCGUCAAGUAUACCCAGAGGAACCGGGGAAAAGGAGUCGGUUGUGGUUGCAGGAUGACGUAAAAGAUGUACUGAAAGAGAAUACUGGGACAGAAGCUAUCCAGGGAUUGUCCCUGGAACUGCAUUCAACAAGCAGAGAUUGCUUCAAAACUCAUGCUUUCAAGGAAAUGAAGAAAUUAAGACUUCUACGACUAGAUCAUGUACAAGUUGUUGGAGAUUAUGGGCACAUUUCUAAAGAACUGAGGUGGAUUUGCUGGAAAGGAUUCCCUUCUAAAUACAUUCCAAACAACUUUUAUAUGGGAAAUGUAAUUGCAAUUGAUUUAAGGCAUAGUCAUCUUCAACUCGUCUGGAAACAACCCCAGGUUUUAGAGCGGUUAAAAUUCCUUAAUCUUAGUCACUCCAAAUACUUGAAAGAAACACCUGACUUUUCCAGACUACCAAGUCUUGAACAGCUCAUUCUAAAAGAUUGUCCAAGUUUACGCAAGCUACACCAAUCCAUUGGUGAUCUCUCCAAUAUACUAAUGAUAAAUUUGAAGGAUUGUACAAGUCUACGCUGUCUCCCAAGAGAGAUAUAUAAGUUGAGAUCUUUAAAAACUCUCAUCCUAUCUGGUUGUUCGAAGCUUAGUUCUAUAGAUAUAACACAAGUGAAAUCCAUGGUAAAUAUAAUUGGUUAAAACACAACUGUGAAACAAGCGCCCUUUGAUCAAUUGUUAGCUAAAACAAUAUCAGAUAUAAAUCCCAACGUGAAUGUGAAGGAUUGUUGGUAUAUAUUUGUUUGUAGACUACACGUAGCAUUUAUUUGUUGAUAGACUAAACUUUAGGAGAAUAAUAACAAUCAAUUUGGGAAUCUCAAUUUGUUUCUCUUACUGCAAGUAUUAUAAAUAAUUGGCGGUUCAUAUAUUGAUCAGAAUAAUAACGUGUACUUUCAUUUCAACUCGUAUAUUCUUUCUCUUUCAGCAUUUUAUUUCCUCUGUUUUGUUUUGCUGCCUAACAUUAUUCUGUAAAACAAAAAUUAGUUCUUUUCAAUUAUAUAGACUAAAAUAUGAAAAACUUAUAAGAAAAGUAUAAAAUAUAAAUUUUAUAGGUUUCCUAUAACUAAUAAAAGUUAAG